AUGUCUCAUGUCCUGAAUCCUGUGGAAACUCCGCUAGGCGCUUUGGCGGCGAUCGUCGCUGGUGGCAACAGUGAGAACAAGCUGUUGGAUGCCAACCGCUAUGCGACCAAGAAGACGAUCGCCCAGGGGAUGCUGGACAUUGCGCUCCUCACAGCCAACGCCAGCCAACUCAAGUACAUACUGCAGGUCGGCGACAGACACGAGUUCUACUCCCUCAUGCUUGGUCUCAUCACCACUUCCAUCAUUCUACAGGUUUGUGUUGGCAUCAUGUUCAUCAUCAUCGGAGGCCUCAACAUCAACCAUGCUCCUGACUGCCCGACAGCCAUCAUACUCAACGACAUCAUCGUAGUCAUGGUGUUCCUCAUAUCGAUAGACAAUAUCAUCAUUUCUGGAUUUGGGAUGGAACAUUCAAACGACCACAUGAAACUCCUCAACUACAGAGUGGCUAACGUUACCCGUAAAUAAUAUUUUGAUAAAAACACUUUGCCGUUGUCUUCUUUCAACUUGAAAGAACACUUCUUUCUUGGUGUAUUCCUACUUCGAAAUCAACUGUGUACAUGAUAUGAACAUAUACCUAUUUAAAUUAAAUGGUAAAACU